GAUAUGAGCGGCUGUCAGCUACUUCGUGCUCUGGGACGGAGCCUGGGAUUGGGCCGGAGCCACCUGAAGGUCGAUAGCCGGCACGUGGUGCUCAUCACGGGCUGUGACUCGGGAUUGGGCCACUCCCUGGCCGUAUAUUGCCACGAUUCGCUUCAGAUGACAGUGGUAUCCUGUUGCCACAAUUUGAAAUCGGAAGGCGCCAAAUUGCUGCAGGCUCUCAAUCCCUCUCAGGAUGGACGAAAUAGAAUGUACACGCUGGAAUUGGAUUUGCUUGAACCAGACUCCAUUAGGCUGGUUCAUGGGCAGCUCCGGGAGAUACUCUCCCAGGAUCCCAACUACCAAUUGAAUGCCUUGGUAAACAACGCCGGAGUGAUGUGCUUCGGAGAGUUCGAGUGGCAGUUGCCAGAGCAGAUCGAGACCCAGAUCAAUUGCAACCUGCUGGGCACCAUGAGGUUAACCCGCGAGUUGCUACCACUGCUCCGCCAACAGCAGGGAAGGAUCAUCAAUGUGACCAGCCACUGCGGCUUGCAAGCCCUGCCCGCUCUGGGACCCUAUGCCGCCUCCAAGGCAGCCCUGCGCUUCUGGUCGGACUCACUGCGCGUGGAGCUGCAGCAGUACGACAUGGAGGUGGUCAAUUUUAUACCAGGAUCCUUUGUUAUGGACAGCAACAUAGCGGCAAGGCAGCAGCAGCAUGCCCAGAAGAUGUGGGAGGCCUUCAGUCAGGAGCAACACGCUCUCUACGACUCGUACUUCGAGGCCUUCAAUACUUACCUCAAGGUUCUGACCGGCUUCAAACCCCCCAAUCGGCUUAGGAACGAGUCACUGCUGGCCAAGUUUCGAGAUGCUUUGACCAGCUCUCAACCCCUGGCACUAUACAUCGAGGAACCUUGGCGAUAUCGACUCUACCGCUGGCUCUUCGCCAUCUGUCCCACGCCCCUGGUGGAUUGGCUAACCCUGCGCUUCUGCGCCAUGCCCACCUACGAGUCCACAAAACAGGCUACAGAGGAUUUGGUUGAUUCUUAGUUUUAUAAUUUAAACAUUUACA